CAGACAAAUUGGUGAUGUCAUUUCAGUUGCUCGGGAAUCAUUGUUGCAAAAUGUUGUUAAGCAAGCGAAAUAUCCAAAUAUCAAUUGUGCUCAUUGUAAUGAGUUUGGCUUUGGCCACUGGAUUCUUGCCUCCUCUUAGUCAACCGGAUAUUCUGACAAUUUUGCGAGCUGCUCAGGUUACGGUAACUGUAUUUAUGCUCUUUGGUAUUUUGAAAGCCCAUCCCUCACAUAAGGCUAAUUUCUUUAAACUCUGGUUGGGCAUAACGUCGACCUUCUUCGCCUCGCUAAUCUAUAUAAUCUUGAGCUAUUUUUUUAGUUAUUAUCCCUUUUAUGAGAUCUGGGAGAUCUUUGUGUUGCCUAUAUCUGCUGUUGGCGUUGCCUAUUUGAUGAGCAUCAUGUACAAGGAGUUUGUAGAGCUUACUCAGGGUUCUGUGGAUGCACUGGAAGCUAAGCAGCCACCAACUUAUGAUGCCACCUUGCAAAACUUGGUCAUCUCAUUGAAAUCUUAAGCUUCAACUUUGAUCAAUCGAAUAAUAUCGCGAAAUAAAGUUGAAGUCGCUUCAGUUAAGAGCUGAAA